UCCGUCCCCUCAUCUCUUUCGUCUUCUCCCCAGCUUUCUCUCUGCGUUUUACGAUGAUCUCCAAGUACGUUACCUCCUCCGAUGGCGCACAGAUCUACACCGAGGCGUACGGAGACCCGUCUAAGCCCGCGCUUAUCCUUGUCGCGGGGUAUACGAUGAACACGAUCGCUUUUGAGAAGCAGAUCGAGCUGUCGAAGGACCUGUACCUCGUCUUGUACGAUAUGCGGGGCCACGGCCGAAGCGCGAUGCCUGAGACCCCUGAGGGGCACGAGUCCAAGCUCUACGCGGAUGACUUUGCGGCAGUCGUCAAGGAGUACAAGCUCAAGAAGCCCGUCUUCGGAGGCUGGUCCCUCGCCGGCACCAUUGUUGCCGAUGUUUGCCAACACCUUGGCGCCGACGCCCUCGGUGGUGUCAUCCUCAUCGCUGCCGUCCCCUUCCUUGACUUGCUCCCCAAGAUUGUCUCCCCAGAGAUCCUUGGCCUCGUCCCGGGAAUCAUGGAGAAGAGCGACGUGAAGAAGUCGCGCGAGGCGUCCCGCGCCUUCGGCAAGACGCUUUUCUACGACGAGGAGAAGGUGCCAUUCGCGACCCGCCUUGCGUGGAUGGGUAGCAUCUUGCUCAUGCCUCCCGCGACGAGCGAGCUCGUGAUUACGCGCAAGCAGGACGGGACGAAGUUCCUGGAGGCGGCGAAGGCGGGGCUCAAGGUGAUGUGCAUUCACGGCGAGCAGGAUGUGCAGCGCACGAGCGGCAUGGCUGUCGUUGAGCACCUUCAGCCUCACUACAAGAACAUCAAGGUCGUCGCGAUCGACAAGGCGGGUCACUCAGUCUUCUAUGAGCAGCCCGAGCAGACGAACAGGGCCUUCCUCGAGUUCGUCAAGGAGUGCAAUGCGUGACUGACCGAAGGCUCUAUACAACAACUGUAGCAUACAUACACAAACUAGGGGACAUGAUUGAUGGGAGCCUGCGCUUGCAGACCCUUUAUACCGCACACACCUUUUCAACCUCGCAUCUCG